AUCGUGUUAACCUUAAAUUUAACCCUUCGCACUGACGUUAAACAUAACCUACCUUUUCGAUUGUUGAGAAGGGUGAGAGAUGGCUCGUUGGACGGGUUGGCGUUACGGGGCCUUAAUUGGAGGUAUAGUGAGUGCAAUCGGCAUCACGAUUUACCCAAUUGUUAUAUACCCGAUGACCCACAUCGAGGACUACAAGGAACUUCAAAAGCAUACAAGAAGGGGAAUUAGGCAGGAAGAAGUGCAGCCUGGAAAUAUGAAAGUAUGGUCAGAUCCAUUCGACAGGAAUAAAAGCAAUUGAAGAGUUAUAUUAAUAAUUACGAUUUUAUUAACUUAAAUAUAGUCCUUUUGUUAAAUAGAAUAAA